AAUGUACUGUAUUUCUCCAGAGGUCAGGCGCAGCCCCUUCGCUUCGGUCCCAGCGGCAGGAGGGCGUCGUAUCCUCGUAGGCGCUGCGGAGACCUCCACCCCGGACAGUUCUCCCUCCCCGGGCCUCUCCCCUCCUGCCCCCGAGAAUCCUCGCCCCCUAGGCCUGUCGAAUCCGGUAUCGUGGGGCGAGGUGAGAGCAGGCCCGGGGAGGGUGGCCACGCGGAGGAGCCGCAGUCUCUGCCGAGAUGAUAGAAGUACUGACAACAACUGACUCUCAGAAACUGCUACACCAGCUAAAUACCCUGUUGGAACAGGAGGCCAGAUGUCAGCCAAAGGUCUGCGGCUUGAGACUAAUUGAAUCUGCACAUGAUAAUGGCCUCAGAAUGACUGCAAGACUAAGGGACUUUGAAGUAAAAGAUCUUCUUAGUCUAACUCAGUUCUUUGGCUUUGAUACGGAGACGUUUUCUCUAGCUGUGAAUUUACUGGACAGAUUCCUGUCUAAAAUGAAGGUACAGCCCAAGCACCUUGGGUGUGUUGGACUGAGCUGCUUCUAUUUGGCUGUAAAAUCAAUAGAAGAAGAAAGGAAUGUCCCACUGGCAACUGACUUGAUCCGGAUAAGUCAGUACAGGUUCACGGUUUCAGAUCUGAUGAGAAUGGAAAAGAUUGUGUUGGAGAAGGUGUGUUGGAAAGUCAAAGCUACCACUGCCUUUCAGUUUCUACAGCUCUAUUAUUCACUCAUUCAAGAGAACUUGCCCUUUGAAAGGAAAAACAGCCUCAAUUUUGAAAGACUAGAAGCUCAGCUUAAGGCAUGUCACUGCAGGAUCAUAUUUUCUAAAGCAAAGCCUUCUGUGUUGGCCUUAUCUAUCAUUGCAUUGGAGAUCCAAGCACAGAAGUGUGUGGAGUUAACAGAAGGAGUAGAAUGUCUUCAGAAACAUUCCAAGAUAAAUGGCAGAGAUCUGACCUUCUGGCAAGAGCUUGUAUCCAAGUGUUUAACUGAAUAUUCGUCAAACAAGUGUUCCAAGCCAAAUGUUCAGAAGUUGAAGUGGAUUGUUUCCGGGCGUACUGCACGGCAACUGAAGCAUAGUUACUAUAGAAUAACUCACCUUCCAACAAUCCCUGAAACGGUUCCUUAAUUGGUAAAUUUGUAUGUUUUUC